AUGUCGGUCCUGGCUGUCCCCGAUGGUGGCUUCCACCUCGAGGGCUCCGAGGCAAGCGAGUUUCUGCCCAUGCAAGCAUUCGGCAUCGCAUUGAGUGACAGUGUUAUCGAGGACAUGAUCAAUUGUGUGCAAAAUGGCAGUCAGAUUGAGCUGUUUCUGGGAAACAAUCCCAGCUUGCAAUACGGCGAAUACGAGGAAGAACUCAAACCUACUGCAGAGUCCUUGGACUAUGACCUAUUUCUCACCAACCUGAACGAAUCCAAGACCAAAGCUCACAGAUUACCGAACCCGACAAUGUCAAUACUGAAGAGACCUCCCCCGGGGGCCAACAAGGCUCUCAACCCUCAAAUCAGAGUGGACAAGGCUGCCGCGGGCAAGGGCGGCAAGGCAUCCAAGGCCAAGCUACCUCAUGGCAAAUCAGCUAUGGCCAUGGCUCUGUCCGGCUCGAGCACCACAAGAUCUCUACCGACAAGUCCAGCUCUGACCGGUGUCGGCUCGCCCUUGCACAACCCUGCCAUCGCAGCUUCGCAACAGCAACUGGAGAAGAACAAGGGGCAGCGAAGUACGCUGGUGCACGAGCUGGCAGUGGGAGACCAGACCUAUGACUAUCUAAAACAGAAAUGGGACGGAGCUGAGGCAGACCUGACCACCACCCUCGGCAAGGUGGCAGACAAGAUUGGACCAAAGUACAGCAUGAAGAAGAUCUACUGGAAAGAGCUGGACGUCUGGAACUACAAAUACGAACCCUCAGAAAACAGGCAAAAGGCCAUUGAGAACGCGAGAAAGCAGUAUGACAAGCAAAGGCUAGAGACCAAGGAUCCGGCAUGGGAGCGUCUGCUGGAAGAGAAGGACAGAGGCAAGGGCAUCAUCCUGAGCAAGUUGCAGGCUGCAAUCGCCAAGGGAAACAUGACGCCAGCUGUCAAGCCUACAAGAGCAGACGACGCGAGCAGCAGACAUUCGAGCGAUGAGAGUGUCAAGGGCAAGACUGGCGGAGAAUCCAUGGCAAGGUCGACUUCGCAACCGAUUGGAUCAAAGCCCAAGAAGGUUAGCGACCGCGAAGCACUGUCAAAGAGCCUCUUGUCGAACAAGGUAGCGGCAACUAAGAAGGCCGCCCUGGCCACAAAGAAGGCAGCACCUGCCAACAAGCCCUCCAAGGUGCAGCCGGAGAAGGGAGGCAAGAAAAUCUUGUCGGAAGAGUUCGUACUAGAUUCGAGUAGCGAUGAUGAGGCACCUCUGGCUUCAACUACUACUACUACCACCACCACCACUACUACAGCAAGGUCGAAACCUCUACCAAAGCCCACGGAAAGGAAGGUUGAGAGGUCAAUUGAGAAGCCACCAGAGAAGCCAAAGGAAAGGAAGGUUGAGAGGUCAUUUGAGAAGCCACCAGAGAAGCCAAAAGAGCGGUCACCAGUUCCUCCCAAGCCCAAGGAACGAUCGCCGGUCCCUCCUCCCAAAGCAAAGGAGCGCACUCCGCCGGCCCUUAUUUCCAAGCCCACAGAACGGUCACCAGCACCCGCGUCCAAGCCCAAAGAGCGUUCGCCAGUUCCCGCACCCAAGCCCAAGGCCAACAAGCCGAUGAUCAGAGCCCCAAGGCCUGCCACCACCACCGCCAAACCUUCGAUCGCCAGCACGGCGCAGAAGCGGCCGCGUGAAGAGGAGGACAGCAGCUCAAGCUCUGGAGCACCUCUCAGCAAGAAGAUCAGGCCCAAGGAGUUGACAACGAGCACGACGAAGACUUUGCCGGGCAACACCACCCUCAAGCACAGGCCUUCGGACGCAAGUCAAAAUUCGCGCGGCACACCCUCGAUCAACUCGUAUAAAAGCAAGAACACAUCGCCGGCCAAGUCUUCGCCGCUUGCCUCGUCACCACCGACCAAUGCAUCGGACUUUGAUGACAGCAGUAACUCUGGUCAAUCACAUCAUCACAACCAUGAUCGCGACCGAGAGCGUGAGCGCGAACGUGGACGUGAACGUGAUCGACCUGCUGCUCCCCGUACAAACGGUCACGUGGCGGCGACAAAUGGCAAUACUCCCAACGGUGUGCACUCUGCCAAGAAGCGGCCAAUUGAGUCGCAGAAUGUGUCCUCGCAAUCUCUGCCUAAAAAAUCUCGUGUGAGCAAGGAUGUGCUGGACAAGGCUCAUCGUUUCGACAAGUUCUACGAGAGGUAUAGGGUUCUACAUGAUCAGUUGGCGCGAGUUCCCAAUCCGCCACGAGACAAGCUUGAUGAUUUGCUCGACAUGCGUGAGCGAUUGGUACACCUCAAGGCCGAAAUUCGAAGGGAGGUUGAGCCAGCUGCAUAG